UGACUGAGGUGCUUUAUUUCAUUCUAAAAUUACUGGCCAGAAAUGUCGCCGCAUUUAUUUACUGAAAGAUGCUGGUUAAAUAAUAACGCAAAAUUUUUCUUUACAGCUGAUUUCUGCAUCGUUUCAGUUGAAAUUUAGCGAAAACCUGCUGUGUGUGUCGACGUGUCGCGUCACGCGUAAUUCCUAAUCCUAACUCUUACGCAUAGAAAAAUUUAAUUACCGUGAAAUUUUUUUUUUUUAACUUUACGAGUUUAUCCGUCCAGGUUGUUCCUCCAGGUGAAGGGCCCCAUGGAAAACUACCUGAAGGCCCGUACUGUGGAGCAGCCUUGCCCCUGUCCCUUCCCUGAUCUGCCCGGCGACACACCCCAGGUCCAGGUCAAGGACGGCAGCAAGAUCCGGAACCUCAUGGGCUUCGCCGUGGGCCGCAUGGAGCCGGAUGCGGCUCGACUCAUCGUGUUCACGGGGGCCGGGAAGAGCGUGGCCAAAGCGGUGACGUGUGUGGAGAUCCUGAAACGGCGUGUACGUGGUCUCCACCAGCACACGCGGCUCCUGUACCGCACGCAGCAGGAGGUAUGGGAACCCCGCGAGCCCUCCGCUGGUCUGGACACCCUUACGGUCAACAGGAACGUGCCAGCAAUUUGGGUGCUUCUCUCCAAGGACCCUCUGGACUCUAGCCUCCCUGGGUACCAGGCACCUGGCUGCUUUAAUGCACUCUGGGCACAGGCUGCCAAAGAGGAGGGUGUGGUGCACAAGCAGGGGCAAAGGAGGAAGAGAGGAGGUGGAGGCGGAGGCAGGGGCAAACCUGGAUCCGGCAGACAAACCGAGCCCCAACAAAGUGGUAAAAUGCAGAAGCUGAGAGGGGCCGUUCCGAAGUGAGCGGGACAUCACCGGGACCGCUGUGAUGCUGACCAGGCACCUGUGAACUGGGGAAUGUGGCUGAGCAGUGCUCAGGAAUUCCGACCUGCCUGCCUAUUCUCGUAGUAAAUUUUCAAGAAAAUGAGAUGGAAAACAAUGGGGGAAAAAAACGUGAAUGUGAUCUAACAGUGAAACCGAGGUUUUCGUUACCGGUUUGCUUUGGGACGGCGCUCCAGGGUUAUGCUCUGUAAAGGUUUAUUUUGAAAUCAUUUUUUCUCCACAGUUUGGAAAAUAAAGAUGUCUAAAGUUUAGCCACAUUUUGUAUUCCUUGGUAGUCUUUAAUGUAAAAAGGCUUAUUUGUAGUUAUGGUAGAAAAGACGUAAUUCAUCAACUUGGAUUUGCCUCCCUUGAACAAACAAACGGCAUAAGACUAGUGCAAUUAAAUAAGAUGCAAAGAGCUGCAAUGUUCUAUGUAGCCUUUGAAAAAGCCACUUUCUAAGAAAUUGUGUUGAACUAGUGCCAUGUGUUACUGACAACACACUCCAAAUGUGCUAAGAUGAAAGUGGAAUCAGUAUCAGCUUUUUGAAGAAUGAAAAGGUACAUGUCAAAAAUUGGAUUUAAGGCCAUGUAUAAGUCUAAAGUAAUUUACAUUUCUACCCUGACUCCCAACUCCUCAUUUUCCUAAUAA